AUGCCCACAGAGGCCUGGCUGGCCUGGUAUCAGGAGGCGGCGAUGCUGCAGGCUGUGACUGGGGACGAAGGACGAGGCGGGGAAGCGGAACGUUGCUUUGAACGACACUUAUCCUCUCUCGUUGAUUCACCACACCUAGACGUCGGAACUCCACCCACCACAGUCUCAAACAUGUCCUCCGGCCAACAGUCCUACUCUGCUCCCCUCGAGCUCGCUUUCCCUGAGGACCUCAUCUCCCCAGAGGUCCUCAAGGCUCUCCCGUCUGAGCUUACUAUGCGCCCGCUCGCCUCGGACGACUACAAGCGCGGCCACCUCGACGUCCUCUCCGUCCUCACCGUCGUCAACGACCCAGGUGCCGCUGCCUGGACGUCCCAGUUCCACGCGAUGCGUGCCAUGCCGCGGACGUACUUCUCGCUCGUAAUCGUCGACAAGAAGUCCGACCGCAUCGUCGGCGUCGGCUCGCUCUUCGUCGAGCGCAAGUUCCUCCGCGGGCUCGGCAGCGUCGGUCACAUUGAGGACAUCGCCGUCGACAAGAGCCAGCAGGGCAAGAAGCUCGGCCAGCGCAUUAUCCAGGCGCUCACGUACAUCAGCGAGAACAGCGGGUGCUACAAGACGAUUCUGAACUGCAGCGAUUCCAACGUCCCGUUCUACGAGAAGUGCGGCUUCGCGCGCAAGGAGAACGAGAUGGCCAAGUACGCGCCCGAGCGGUCUCACUCCCCUCGCCUUUGAAUCGAAGGGUUCGUCUGUUCGUUUCGCCAAUUACUAGAAGGUUCUCUAUCAUCCACUUUAAUAUCACAUUGGACUUCACUAUAAACACAGCAACACGAUACCUAUCUUAAGCGCCUGUACAUAGUUGACUAGCCGUCGGACUUUCACUUUGCAUAGUACCUUCCUGUAUCCUCAAUUUCCAUGACUCGCCCGCGUUGGGUGUUCUCGUUCCGCUGCUGCCGGCGCUAUGUGUGUUCGGUACUUGUCGAGUGAAGGUUGACUUGGGUGAUAAGACGAGUCGAGGUGAGGUGAGAUGAACGUGUAGACAUGCCUGGCUAAUUG